AUGGCCGUUGAUGCAGACAGGCGGGGAUGGCGUCUCCGGGCGCAAUGGGAUGCUCCCUUCCGCGCCCCCGUCACCGACCGACAUCGACAGGGCUGGCGUCCGCUUGCCCUGCGUGUCCCCUACCUUGCGUCGCUGGUCUGCUUGAUGACGACCAUGUUCCUGCUCCUCGAGGGUCUGCGCCAAUACAGUAAUCGUCAGGGUGGAUUGGUCUUCUUUGACGAUACCGACGACGUCUCCGCCCUCCAGUCCUUCGCUUACAACUAUAUCCCCAUCAUUAUCGCCCUCAUCCUCCUCGUUUUUUGGACCGUCACCGAUUUUGAUGUCCUCCGACUCGAGCCCUAUUUCCAGCUGUCCAAACCAGGUGGCGCCCCGGCCACUGUGCUCUUCAUCAACUACAAUUUCGGCCAGACCAUCCUCACUCCCAUCAAUGCCGCUCGCCGCCGCCACUGGUUGGUUUUGUGGGUCUCGUUGCUAACACUCUCCAUUCGCAUGAUCCUACCGGCCCUGCAGAGUACCAUAUUUGAACUGCGAGAAGUGCAGGUAAUUCAACAUGAGAAUAUGCAGAGUUGGCCGACUCUGGUUGAUGUGGAAACGCAAGCCACGUGGAUGUCCACCCAGGCCAACAACACCAUCGACUCAAUCCUUUCCUCUGACGAAAGACUCCGCCGGUCACGCUCCUCUCAAUACGCCAUUGCCCCCGUCGAGGUCCCAGAUGAUGAAAAGCAAGCCGAUGUAAUAUGGCAACUGGAUCAAACUUUGUACUGGGCCGACCUAUCCUGUCAGAAUGUCCCCGUGAACAGGAAACUAAACGUUUCUAUUGAGACACCCGAGCAUGGAAUGCAACGAGUCUCCUGGGACGCUGCGGGUAUCGACUUGUCCGACACCUAUGGCGCGGCGAAGGAAUGCGUAUUGGAUUUUCACUACGAUAGCGUCUUCUUUCCCGAAACCGAUUACCUUCAGGUCCGCUACUGGGAGCCCUCCAUCAAUGCGACGACCGAAGCCGAGUAUCCACAUACAACUAAGGCUUUUACCGCCACCGGUUGCGAUCCGUACGAUUUGUAUGGCAUGUUGAUAUCUGUCAACGCGACGAAAGAUGGGUCCACUGAGACGGAGUAUUCGGCUAGCGGCCUCGCCUUUGCCUGUGAUAUUAUGUAUUACAAGGCACAGGCCCGAGUCGCAAUGCAUCCCAACAGCUCGAUCGAGUCUAUUCAUCUGCAUCAUGCUACGACCCGCAAUUUAUCGGCCAAGGAAUUCAACAUCGAUCACUUCCAAGCGUUGCUUUCUCAGCGUGCUCCUUAUACCAGUGACAUGAUAUUUAUCAGCAACAACUCCACGGAUGGUGGCCGGACCGUGACCGAGUUACCCGUAAUCAGCGAGGAGCUUGGCGAUCUUCAGCCGCUACUCACUUUGGACACUUCAUCCAUCAUGACCCAGGCUGAAUUCACUUCGAAGAUCACGCGCGAUGUCAAGCAGACUUUCAUACUCACACUGGGGCGUCUUUUCGACCCCGAUCGCGAUCCUACCAUCAUCGCCGCCAUUCGCUCUACCACCCAAGUCGCCAUCGCCGUCGUCACUUUUGCAGCUCUUUGGUCCGAGCUGAUUCUAGGGCUGGCCGCUCUCACCGCCGUAUAUCUUCUCUUUCUCUAUCGCUCUCGCGAAACCUUCCUACAAUGCGACCCGGGAUCGAUCGGCGCCAUGUGCAGUAUCGCUGCCGACAUCUUCCACCCCGACAACAUCCUCUCUGAACCGCUCGUCGAGUUUCACCAAUUCUCGACCCGUCAGAUGCGCCGUAUCUUCAAAAACGCCCGUUGUCAUUGGCGAUCUAGUUCUUCCGGGCAUAAUCGAUUGGAGAUUCUCGCCGAAGAUGGCUCUCCGGUGCAGUUGGGCGAAAAUCUCAGAACUCGCAACGACCCAAUGCCUCACUUCUUGGUCAUCCCUUUCUUCAUUGUCGAAUUCCUAGCCCUGGCAGCCGUGAUCAUUCUAAUGGCGCUGGUUGUUCAGUCGCUCGCUCGAGAUGGUCGCUUCCGGCACUUGACCCAGUCAGACUCCAGCUCGCUGCAAGUGGUUCUGUCCUUUUUGCCUUCGGUCGUGGCCUCCUCAGUCAGCUCUCUCUGUACAUCGAUCCACCGCAAUCUCACUGUUUUGGAACCUUGGGUUCAUCUUCAACGAGGCAUGGCCACGGCAAGAUCGUCAUUGUCUCUGAACUACGCCUCUCAAAGCCCUGUUGCCAUCUUUUGCAAGUCCGUUCGUGAUCGACAUCUUCUCCUGGGACUUGUGUCUAUUGCAUGUGUUGUAAAUAUGGCCCUGACAGUAGUGGCGGGCGGUCUUUUCACCCAGGAAAUGACGACCUCCACACUGCCGACGAAGGAUUUGACCUUGAACUAUAGUUCAUCCGUCUUCUGGAAAAAUGAUUUUGCCGCUCAAUUUACCGAAUACGAUCUGAUCCAGACAAGCAUCACGAGCGGUGUCUCGAUCCUGCCCUGGACAAGCCCCAACGAAUCGUUUGUACCUCUCCAGGUGCACAACCGCGAUCCCGAUGCUAUGUAUGGAGCAACUACCUUGGGCGUGGGGGCUUCCUUGGAGUGCCAGCCUCUCCUUCCAGAGAAGGGGCUUUUCUACAACAAGACCGCCGGCCACAGUUAUUGGAAAUACCAGCUGUUUGAAGACAAAUCCGUGGAGUGUAUAGCCCCCCAUGCCGGUCCGGAAAAAGAACGAGGGCAUCUCACUCUCCAUUCAUUUCCUACAUCGUCUGUCCUUGUUGUUGGCCGUUGGGACUAUCUGCCCAAUAGCACGGUUUCUCACGACAAUACUAUCGCUUUGCACUGCGAGCCUCGUGUCCGACUGCACGAUUAUUCUGUCGUGUUCGACUCAAGAGGUCAGAUCAACUACCAUAAACGUGUCCAAAACACCUCCAUCACAGAAGGCACCAUGUUCGAUAACGCUACGAUCAGCCUGGGGCAAUUCAACAAAGUGUUUGCAUCCAUUCCAGAGAGCUUCGUGGGCAACACCACAUCUCACAACGGCACAUACAACAUCUCCUCGUACGACUGGGCAGGAUUCUUGGUUGCCCGUCUGUACCAGCGCGAAGACCCUGAUUUCGACUCCCUCGACCCUGUCCGUAUGACUGCUCUUACCCAAACUGUGUAUCAAUGGGUGUACAGUACAUAUUUUUCUAUUUGGCGGGAUCUAUACCUUGAACAGCUGAACGAACCAAUUUACGCGACCAACAGCACGAUCAUCCGAAGCACCUGGGCGAUGAAGCCAUCCGUUCCAUCGCUCGCAAUCGCUCUUAUCAUCAUCGCAUUCGAUACCUUGGUUGUUAUGGUUGUCUUUGGAACGCGACGAGGCCGAUUUAGAGGUCCGCGAAUGCCGCGCUCUAUCGGAGCAAUCAUUCCAUGGGUUGCACACAGUCGCAUGCUCAGUGACUUUGGUGAUACCCACAGCUGGGACAACACCAAACGACGUGACCAUCUCACCGCCCUAGACAAACGUUACGGCUUCCGUAUGUUCAUGGGCCCCGAUGGUCGUUGGCGAUUCGCCGUGGAUGAAGAGCCCAAAUCAUCCGAUUCUGGAUCACCACCACCUCCACCCAUCCCCUCCGGCCCCGAUGCCAAUAAAACUACCUCUAUACAACUGCGGGAAUUGAUCGGCACUCACUUUCGGAGGUAA